AUGGCCUCCCUCUUCUACGGCCGUGUCCUCCUCCGGAACAACAGCGAGCAGGACGCGCUGGACACGGAGGCCGAGCUCAGCCGGCGCCUGGACAACCGGCUGCUGCUGCUCUUCUUCGGCUCCGCCGCGUGCCCGCAGUGCCAGGCCUUCGCGCCCGUGCUCCGGGACUUCUUCGUGCGCCUCACCGACGAGUUCUACGUGCUGCGCGCCGCCCAGCUGGCCCUGGUCUACGUGUCCCAGGACCGCACGGAGGCGCAGCAAGAGCUAUUCCUCAGGGACAUGCCCGAAAAGUGGCUCUUCCUGCCCUUCGAAGAUGACCUGAGGAGGGACCUGGGCCGCCAGUUCCACGUGGAGCGCCUGCCUGCCGUGGUGGUGCUCAAGCCGAGCGGGGACGUGCUCACGCGUGACGCCACGGCCGAAAUCCAGCGGCUGGGCCCGGCCUGCUUCGCCAACUGGCAGGAGGCCUCGGAGCUGCUGGACCGCAACUUCCUGCCGCCCGAGGACCUGGACGACCCGGCGCCCCGGAGCCUCACCGAGCCGCUGCGCCGCUGCAAGUACCGCGUGGAGCGGAGCCCGCGGGGCGCGCGGGGCGCGCGGGAGGAAGAGGAGCACAGCGCGGAGGGCGCGCCCGGGGACCUGUUCUGA